GGGUGUCUGUGUGACACGUUUAACUCCACCCACAGGUUACGUGUGUUUUCGACACAAACGUGAAUAAAAAAUCCAAAUUGUUCUGUAACUGUUACAUAAUUUCAAGAAGAAGUUGCAUAUGUCGCUUAUCAAGGCAUCGGCAAUGCUGCGAACCACAAAAUUGCUGUGUCGUCUUGUGCUACUGGCUGUGCUGUUGGGUUGCCAGGUGUGUUCCUCCACCCACACAGUUGGAGCUGAAUCAGAGGCCAUAGCACCGCCAGAGGUCAUAGAGUUCAAUGGGACCCUAUACGCUGUCUGCAAAAUGAGACCCAGCACCAAGCUGGCUGAGGGUCUUCCUAAGGUGUAUGGUCAUGUGCUUUUCAAACAGGAGUACCCAGCAGGGGCUUUAAGUGUCCAGUUCCAUCUUAAUGGCUUCCCUGGUCAAAGCAGCCAGCACAGAGCCAUCCACAUCCACCAGUACGGCGACUUCAGCGAUGGGUGUGAUUCCACAGGUGGACAUUACAAUCCCUACAAGGUCCCUCACCCCAGCCACCCAGGGGACUUUGGAAACUUUGUAGCAGAUCAGGGGAAGAUCCACCAAAGUGUUGGUUCCGAGGCCACCCUGUUCGGGGGGCGGGCGGUGCUGGGGCGGGCGGUGGUGGUCCACGAGGGGGUGGAUGACCUUGGGCAAGGCAGAGAUGCAGGGAGCUUACUCCAUGGAAAUGCUGGAAGGAGACUAGCCUGUUGUUCCAUUGGGAUUUCUACACCAAAACUGUGGAAGAAGUACCAACAACGACAGCAGAGAAGCCGGGGCUAAGGGAGCAGAGUAGAAAGUUAUUUUGGCACAUGGUAAAACUGAGAUUUUUAACAUGUGCUUUCAACUACUUUUGUUGCAAAUCGUGCACAGAGGGCAGUGAGGGAUGCAUCCGGUGUGCAUCUAAAGUCAAUGUAACAAUCCAACUUAUUGUCACUGCAUUUAUUCACAUAAAAACAAACUAAAAGUUUGUUCUGAAUGUAGUGCAACACGCCCUCUUGUGACCAUUCAACGUGUCUCCUGACGAGGUCUGACCAGGUAUCCUCUCUACACCUAAACAUUUCAUUACGCUUGUCUUAGUCUCUCAUUAUGUUUAUUUAGUCAUUUCACUUUUGUAGGUGAUUUCAGUUCAUUGAAAUAAAAUUGACAAAAAAUC